AUCCGGCGCGCGAGUAAGGAGCGGUUGAAAAAGACUUCCCGGACGAUACGAAACCGGACGCUGUGCUCCACACACACACACACACUCACUCUCUUGGAUUGUUGUUAUUUCUCACUCACCCACCCCUCCACGCACCAUCCACGUCCGGCAAAAAAAAAAUAUUAAUUCCCGGAUUAUUUUUGCAGAAUACUAUUGUAAUUACUAUACAUAUUUUAUUCCCAUUUACAUAAAACGAUGACUUUCCUAAAUGUGCUAUCAGCUUCCUUAGUGGUCUUAAUGACGGUUCCGGUUUCGUCCGGCCUGUACGAAGACACCGCUAAGAUAAUCCGGAAACCUCAUAAUAAUCUGUUUUUGGCUAUAAAACCCUCAACACAGAUAUUUCCCAAAAGGCCGCUGGAGGUGCAGAGUUCGAACCCCGCCGCGGCAGAUGAGAACACCUACCGCAUACCGUGGGGAGUAGAGAUGUUGCCCCGGCGUCAGAGUAGGGGGCGGAGAAUGAAAAAAAUGCAGAAUGCCGCGGAUCAUAUUCCUCCAAAGCAAAGUGUCAAGAGUUCGAUUCCGCUAGAUCCGGAUCCAACAUCACCUCGGGAACCCAGAGGACGAGACAACAACCGUUACGAUGUGCCCUUGAUUGAAUGUGCUCCUUCAGACGAUGGAUUGGAGAGGUUCGCGUGUCCGACACCCGACAGAAUGGGCCGAUAUAGAUGUAUAGAUGACCACAUGCUCUGCGACGGUUUUAUAGAUUGCGCGGCUGCUGAAGACGAAGACAGAAUGUCAUGUAUGUUUUACAAAACGACGAAAGCUCAUUUAGAUGUUUUAGCCGAUGCAUUGCUGCGGUGGGCAAGAGGACGCUACUGAAGACGCCAAGGAAAGAUGCAUCAAUGGAUUUGGAUGAAUGACCCACCCAAAAGACAAUAAAAAUACGCCUGUGAGUCCCUUUUAUCAAAAGCCAAGAAACUCUCGUCCCAUCCUUUACACCAUUACGAUAUGGAAGUGCUCGUCAAUUUUUUGGAAACUCUUGUAUGCGGAAAAAAAUCAUUUUUAAUCAUUAUAUACUCUAUAGGGAUCUUUUUAAAUCUUCCCCCCCCCCAUCCAUUUGCAAUUGAUUUCAAUCAUUGUAUGCUCCCCCCCCCCCAAAUGAGGUGUGCUAACAGUUCCUAUUCUAGAGAGAGUCUUUAUUUUCUGGGAAAUUUUUAAUACUUCUUCCUGCCAUUAUAAAAACCAUGACUGAAAGUAUCUUGAAAAAUAAUUAAGA